UGUUUGUUACUAAUUGCUCUAUGUAUUUGGGUGCUCCCAUGUUGGGUGCAUAAAUAUUUACAAUUGUUUUAUCUUCUUGUUGGAUUGUUCCCUUUAUGAUUAUAUAGUGUCCUCUUCCAUUUUCUGUCAUACCCCAUAUCCAAUCCAUCAGCAGAGCCCAUCAUUAUUAUUCCUUCAGAAUCUAUCCAGAAUCUGACCAGUUUUCUCUGCUUCCACCACUAACACCUUGGAACAUCCUACUGUGAUCUCUCACAUCUCUUUCUGCUUCCUUCUACAUAUUUUCUACCUCCACAAUGGUCCACCUUCUGUCUAUACUCAAGACAGUAGAGAUCCUCUUAACGCAUAAAUCUCAUCAUGUCAUUCCUCUGCUCAAAACCCUCCUUUGGCUCUUGACUCAUUCGGAGUAAAAGCCCAAAUCCUCACAGUGGCCUCCACAGUCCUUGUGAUGUGGCUCCUAUCCUCCUCUCUAACCUCACCCUUACCAUUCUUGCUCCAGGCUCCUUAAUCCACCACAUUUCUGCCUCAGGACCUUUGUACUUGCUGGGUUUUUUCUGUAAAAUAUUCUUCCUUCAGGUAGGUGCAUUUUGCUUCCUCUCUUCAGAGAAGGCUUCCCUGAACACCCUACCUAGAUAGCAGCCCUCACUACUCUCCAUUCUCCUAUGCUGCCUCGUUGUUCUCAUAGCACUGAUCACCACUUAACAUAUUUCUGUUUGUCUACUUAUUGUCUCUCUCCUUCCCUACUCUGUGAGAACAGGGACUUGUUCUUUGCUCUAUCUCCAGUGCCUAGAGGAGGGCAUGGCACAUAGUAGGCCUGUCAUAAGUAUUUGUUGAACGGAGGGAUGAAUGAACAAAUUACUCUCUUAUCUCCUACACUAGGUUCUAAGUACCUUAAGGGUAGAUGCCCCCACUUUAUCAUCUUUGUGCCCCAAUGUGAACUUAUAAACAGUACAGUGAUCGAAACAAUUUGUAUAUGUAGAAACUCAUUUAGCCAAGCACAGUGGAAUAGGUACUAGAAACACUGGAAUUCAAGAGAGCAGAGUUCCCAACCAGGCUGUCAUUAGGGAACUUUGUGGUCUGGGAAAAACUGUCAUAUUGGCCUCUGUCUUUUCUCAUCUGUAAAAGCAAGUCCUGCGAAGCUUUCAAGAACUAGAUUUUGAAAUCUCAAUCAGCCUUGACUUUCUGUAGUUGUAAAUUUGGGGUAAUUGCAUAUUCAUUUGACAAAUGUUUACUGUGCUAGUUUCCAGGAACUAGUUGAAAAAGAAAAAGAAAAAAGAUCUUAAUCUCAAGAGCUCAGAGACUGAAGGAACGAAUUAAAAUAGAUUCAGCUCAGUGGCAGUUAAGAGCUGACUGUUAGGCAGAAGCGUGCCCUGGGAUCAAGGCUGGGAAAGGCAUUCGAGGGCAAACACACGGCUGUGCAAAGGCAGGAGGCAUGGGGACAGAGAGUUGUAAAUGGCUUUUGUACGCGGAGAGGUACGUUGCCGAGGGCUGUUUCAGCGGGAAGAACGUUCACAACUGGCAAACAGCCAGAGGGGGCAUGUCCACAGCCUAUGUUGUUCAAGUUUAGGAAAUGACUGAGAUGCUUCCUGUGAGAUCUGACUUCUUCCUCAUCCAUCUGUGGCGGCCAAGGCCACCUCACACCGUCUCCACCUGCCCAGCUGACGACAGGCCCUAGGCUCGGCACAGAGGCAGACCGAUCUUUGGUACCUGGGAAGUGCCACUUGCUCCUCGCUCAUUGGUCGGCAGGGAAGUGCCACUUGCUCCUCGCUCAUUGGUCGGCAGAGAAGUGCCACCGAGGAACCCUUGUUGUCAGAGGCGAGAACGAGAGCCUAUUGGUCAGGACACCUCACAAUGGCCCCCCGCAGCACGCGGGGUUCUUCUGAUUGGCUCGCUGCCUGCCUCGGGAGACCGCUGUUGCCUCGACCCCAGGUGGGCUACUUGGCGCUCUGGAACGGAGCGCUCCCAAGCCCACCCCUGUUCCCCAUUGGCUGUUGUGGGGGCCGCCGCCAUCUAAUGACGAGGGAGGCGCCAAGCCCCGGAGCACGCGCCCCCUGCGGCAGGACCUAGUGCCGCGGGGACUGCAGGUGCCCAAGCGGAGUGCAAGGCCCGGGAGCCCGGCACCCCUGCAGACGACCCCCGUUCUCCCUCGGGACCCGGCCUGGAGCCCAGCCCGGGCCUGCCCUCGGGGAGCUUUGCACCUCCAGCCCGACCCGGAAGGUCCCAGUAAGUUCGAAGCAGCCACGCGGCGUGGGAACCCACUCCGAGCGGCGGAGAGGGGCGUCCCAACUGCUGUGUGUGCAGUCCGCGCCUCCGUUUACUUCUUGCCCUAAUUGUUUCCCCACACCUGAGUGUUAUCCGUUCCUUUACCUGGCGUUCUGGGGCCACCCCGGGGGCCGCCGUUCCAAGCCCUUUGCCGAGAGGGUGUUGGGAAGCCCCGUGCCACAAAGAAUUCAGAUUGAGAUCCGAGCGGAGGAGUGCGGGGGACAGGGUGAAAGCCCGGCGGGACAAUGUUCUACUAUCCCAACGUGCUUCAGCGCCACACCGGCUGCUUCGCCACCAUCUGGCUGGCAGCGACCCGCGGCAGCCGGUUGGUGAAACGCGAGUACCUGAAGGUGAACGUGGUGAAGACCUGUGAGGAAAUCCUCGAUUACGUGCUGGUACGAGUUCAGCCCCCGCUGCCCGGCCUGCCCCGGCCCCGCUUCUCCCUCUAUCUGUCAGCCCAGCUGCAGAUCGGUGUGAUCCGGGUCUACUCUCAACAAUGCCAGUACCUCGUAGAGGACAUCCAGCACAUCCUGGAGCGCCUGCACCGUGCCCAGCUGCAGAUCCGCAUUGAUAUGGUGGAGAUGGAGCUACCCAGCCUGCUGCUUCCUAACCGCCUGGCCAUGAUGGAGACCCUGGAAGAUGCUCCAGACCCCUUUUUUGGGAUGAUGUCUGUGGGUCCCACACUUCCCAGCCCCUUCAGAAUCCCUCAGAUCCGACGGCUCCUCGAGGCUGUAACCCCAGAGAGAGUUCUUGAGGAGGUCCCUCCUGAAGUCCCCGUGGAGCCUAGGAAGCCUGAUAGGGUCCCGGUCACUGUGCUGCCUCCGGAGGCCAUCACCCUGCGGGAGGCAGAGCCCAUCCGCAUGCUGCCGAUCGAGGGUGAACGGGACCUCCCAGAGGUCAGCCGCCGAGACCUGGACCUGCUGAUUGCUGAGGAAGAUGAAGCCAUCCUGUUGGAGGAGCGGGAGCGUAGGGCCCGCCUGGCGCUGGAUGAGUACAAGGAGGAGCCCCGGGCUCCAGAGGGGGUUACCGUAGUACCCCCGCUCUCACCUCCAGCUGUCGCACCGGAGGAAGGGGUAGCAGAGCCUCCUCUGGUCCUGGCCCCCGAGGAGGUGAAGCCGGUAGGCUGGGAGCCCGAGGCCCUACUUGCUGAGGUCACCCCCCCGCCGGAGCUGCGGCUGCCAGCCCCACUCAUCCCAGAGAGGCGGCGGCCCCCAGUACCCCCAUAUCCUCGGCGUCUGCCUGCUCGCCGCCGCCGCCGCCAAUUACUGUUCUGGGACAAGGAGACUCAGAUCUCCCGGGAGAAAUUCCAGGAACAACUGCAAACCAGAGCCCACUGCUGGGAGUGUCCAAAGGUGCAGCCUCCCGAGAGGACCGCCAAGAGCCCCACGGAGCUGUUCCGAAUCCCAGCUCACUGUAAGGAGUGGUGUGAGUUGACAUGUGGGUAUUCUGAACCCACGGUCCUCUGUCUUGGUGUUCCUCACGCCUCAAACCCCGUCCCUGCCGCCCCUCCCUCCGCAGCUGGCUGGCUGCCCCCAGAACUGCUGGCUCUCUGGACCCACUGUGCCCAGCCACCCCCAGAAGCGCUCAGGCGAAGGCCACCCCUGGAGCCUGAGGAGGAGGCUGAGAGGGAGUUGGCAGCUGAGGAGGAAAGGAGGAUGGAAACUCUGAGCGAUAUCGAGGUCCCGAGAGAGGCCCAGGAGCCCAGCGGGCCCCUCAUGCUGUCUUCAGGAAGUCUAGAUCUCUUCAGUUCUCCUACCUGGGUCCUUCUCGCAAGUCACUGCACAGCUGUGGCAUCUGGUUCGACCAGCGGGCCUCAAGGUCCCGACCACUCCGAUCUCAGCAGACCCACUCAGGCCCUUCCCCUACCCCCAACAGAGAUCUCUCUAGAAACGGUGGAGGAAGAGAAGUCCCGCAUCAGCCUCAUCCCCCCAGAAGAACGGUGGGCCUGGGCUGAGGCGGAGCAGCCAGAGCCCCCUGCACUGCCUGCGGUGCCCGAGGUCCCGGAAAUGCCCCUGGAGUUGCCUGCGGCGCUGCCCCUGGAGCCCGAGCUGCUGUCGCUGGAGGCUGUGUACAGGGCGGUGGCCCAGGAGCUGCAGGCCAACAGGGAGCCCGAUUUCGGCAGCCUGGUGCCCCCCCUCAGCCCCCGCCGGAUGGCCGCCCGGGUCUUCUACCUGCUCCUGGUGCUCGCAGCGCAGCAGAUCCUCCGCCUGGAACAAGACCAGCCGUACGGGCGUCUCCUGAUCCGGCUGGGGCCCCGAUUCCACUGUGGUUAGAACUGACUGCCAAGGCUGCCGGGAGAUCGGCUCCAUUAAAGCCCGUGUUGCCUGCCUCAA